CGGAAGUGUCGCGUGACUGUACUGACUGGGGUCUUCAACACAUCUGCCUCCACGCCUCUGUGGAUUUAAAUUAGCCUGGAAUAUGAGCAGAAGACGAAGAUAAGCAGCAGCAGCAGCAGCAGCGGCAGCAGCAGCAGCGGCGGCGGCUGGCUUCCUGCAGGAUUUCUCCCAGGCUUUUUGUUUUUUCCGUGGACAUGCCUGGUCUAUGGAGCGAAUCUGAGCGGAGCUAGCUGGCCGACAGUCCGACUAGCGCAGCAUUUCCAGGCUUUUGGAUGAUUGUUUAACUGAGGAGCUGAUUUAUUUCUGGAUCAGCCCUACCUCCCCUGUAAGGACUCAGCAUGGGGGAGUCCAGCCUGGACGAUGCCAAUGUCAAGGUGGCUGUUCGUGUACGGCCCAUGAACAGGAGAGAAAAGGAAUUAAACACUAAAUGUAUUGUGGAGAUGGAAAAUAACCAAACAAUACUCCAUCCGGGCGGAGCUAACCUGGGCAAAGCAGACUCCAGGAAUCAAACCAAGGUUUUUGCCUAUGAUUACUGUUUCUGGUCAAUGGAUGAGACGGAUAAGGAGCAAUUUGCCGGUCAGGAAGUGGUCUUCCAGUGCCUUGGGGAAAGUCUUCUCCACAACGCCUUCCAGGGCUACAACGCCUGUAUCUUUGCCUAUGGACAAACUGGCUCGGGGAAGUCGUACACCAUGAUGGGUUCAGUUGACCAGCCGGGUCUGAUUCCCCGGCUGUGCAGUGCUUUGUUUAUGCGAACCCAGAAGGAACAGCGGGAGGAGGAGAGCUUCACUGUUGAGGUGUCCUACAUGGAGAUCUACAACGAGAAGGUCCGAGAUCUGCUCGACCCCAAAGGGGGUAAACAAUCUCUGAGGGUGAGGGAACAUAAGGUUUUGGGUCCCUACGUGGAUGGCUUGUCUCGACUAGCUGUGGCGUGCUACAAGGACAUCGAGGUGCUGAUGUCAGAGGGGAAUAAGUCUCGGACUGUUGCUGCCACCAACAUGAAUGAGGAGAGCAGUCGAUCACACGCUGUCUUCAACAUCAUCCUCACACACACACUGAAAGACGUGAAGUCCGAGACGAGUGGGGAGAAGGUUAGUCGGCUGAGUCUGGUAGACUUGGCUGGAAGUGAGCGAGCAGCAAAGACUGGAGCAGCCGGGGAGCGACUCAAGGAGGGCAGCAACAUCAACAAGUCUCUGACCACGCUGGGUCUGGUGAUUUCAGCGCUAGCCGAACAGGGAACAACGAAGAACAAAAACAAGUUUGUUCCUUACAGAGACUCUGUUCUGACAUGGCUCCUGAAGGACUGUCUGGGUGGCAACAGUCGCACAGCCAUGGUUGCAACUGUGAGUCCAGCAGCAGACAACUACGAUGAGACGCUCUCCACGCUGCGCUAUGCAGACAGAGCAAAGAGCAUUGUUAACCACGCUGUUGUCAACGAAGACCCCAAUGCUCGCAUCACCAGGGAACUCCGGGAGGAAGUAGAUAAACUACGAGUGCAACUGACUCAGGCAGAGUCUUUGAAGGCCCCAGAUCUGAAAGACCGUCUGGAAGAGUCUGAAAAGUUGAUUCAAGAGAUGACCUACACCUGGGAGCAGAAGCUGAGAAAAACUGAGGAGAUUGCACAGGAGCGUCAGAAGCAGCUGGAGAGUCUGGGUAUUUCUCUCCAGUCAUCAGGGAUUAAAGUUGGAGAUGAUAAGAGUUAUCUUGUCAACCUUAAUGCCGAUCCUGCCCUCAAUGAACUGCUGGUGUACUAUCUAAAGGAACACACGAAGGUGGGCUCGGCAGACUCUCAGGACAUCCAGCUGUGCGGCAUGGGUAUCCAGGCAGAGCACUGUGUCAUCAACAUUAAUGCUGAUGCUGCGGUCAUCCUCAGCCCGUACCGCAACGCUAGGACGUGUGUAAACGGUUCUCCAGUUACCAGUGCUCUGCAGCUUCACCAUGGCGACCGAAUCUUCUGGGGAAACAACCACUUCUUCAGGAUCAACCUGCCUAAGCGGCGUGCUCGGGGAGCUGAGGAUGAGGAGGGCGAGGGGGGCCUGAUGAAGAACAGUGGCAGCAGUGAGCAGCUGGAUACAGAUGGUGACACAGGCAGCGAAGUGUCCAGUGAGGUCAGCUUCUCCUACGAGUUCGCUCAGACAGAGGUCAUGAUGAAAGCCCUGGGCAAUAACGAUCCAAUGCAAGCAGUCCUCCAAUCUCUGGAGAGGCAGCAUGAAGAGGAGAAGCAAUCUGCUCUGGAGCGGCAGAGACAGAUGUACGAGCAGGAGCUCCAGCAGCUCCGCAAGAAGCUGAACCCGGACCGUCUGUCGUCCGGCUCCUCUGGAGGACCGCCGUCUGGACAGCAGGCUCCAGGACAGCAGUCCCACUACCGCAGCCUGGAGAGACUGAGCAUGGGAGGGAUGAGUCACUCAACCAGCGCUCAGAGCAGACUGAGGCAGUGGAAUGAGGACAGGGAGGCGGUGUUGGUUAGGAGUCUGCGGCGGUUGAGGGAGCAGAUCGUGAGAGCCAACCUCCUGGUUCAAGAAGCUUGUUUCAUCUCUGAUGAGCUGGAGCGACACACGGAGUACAGAGUCACUCUGCAGAUCCCAUCAGACAACCUCAACGCAAACCGCAAGAGGGACGCUGUGCUCAGUGAACCAGCAAUUCAAGUUCGACGCCGGUGUCGAGGGAAGCAGAUCUGGAGUCUAGAGAAGAUGGAGAACCGUCUGGUGGACAUGAGAGAGCUGUACCAGGAGUGGCAAGACUACCAGCUCCAUGACCAGGACAACCCUGUGAUGCGCUCAUAUUUCCGUCGGGCAGACCCGUUCUUUGACGAGCAGGAAAACCACAGUCUGAUUGGCGUCGCAAACGUCUUCCUUUCCUGUCUCUUCUACGAUGUGAAACUCAAUUAUGCUGUUCCCAUCAUUAACCAGAAGGGGGAGGUUGCAGGGCGUCUUCAUGUGGAGGUGGUGAGGGUCGGAGGGGGUUUAGAGGACAACAUGGCUGGAGGCGAUGAAACCGACAACAACCAAGACGCUGAAGUCCCAGAUCGCAAACUGGUCUGCAUGCUUAAGAUCCUGCAGGCCACUGGUCUUCCCCAGUACCUGUCCAACUUCGUCUUCUGUCAGUAUUCCUUCUGGGACCAGCCUGAGCCCAUCAUCGUGGCUCCUGAAGUAGACCCCUCGUCUUCGUCGCCCAGCACAAAAGACCCGCACUGCAUGGUGGUGUUUGACAGCUGCAAGGAGGUGGCAGUGUCAGUAUCGGAAGAUUUCAUCGAAUACCUGACUGAAGGAGCGGUCGCCAUUGAGGUAUACGGACACAGACAGGCCGACGCAGGAAGAAACCCCGCCCUGUGGGACCUCAGCAUCAUCCAGGCCAAGACACGCACACUACGAGACAGGUGGAGCGAGGUAACGCGUCGCCUCGAGCUGUGGAUUCAAAUCCUGGAGAUAAACGAGAAUGGAGAAUUUGUCCCAGUGGAGGUUGUUCCUGCUAGAGAUGUUCAGACCGGGGGAAUCUUCCAGCUUCGUCAGGGUCAGUCGAGGCGAAUCCAGGUGGACGUGCGUUCAGUUCAGGACUCGGGCACCAUGCCGCUGAUAUCAGAAAUCCUGCUUGCAGUGUCAGUUGGAUGUGUGGAGAUUAGAAACACCACAGCUAACCAGGAAGUGGAUGAGAUGGACAGUUAUCAGGAGACAGACCUGGAACGCUUGCGACGGCAGUGGUUGUCCGCUCUCACCAAGAGGCAGGAAUACCUCGACCAGCACCUGCAGAGCUUAGUCAGCCAAGCAGAAAAGACAGAAGAUGACAUGGAGAGGGAGGCCCAGCUGCUGGAGUGGCGCUUGACUCUGACCGAGGAGAGAAACGCUGUCAUGGUGCCCUUCCCUGGCAGCGGCAUUCCUGGAGCUCCUGCUGAAUGGGUUCCUCUGCCGGGAAUGGAGACUCAUAUUCCUGUCCUCUUCCUGAACCUGAAACCUGAUGACCUCAGCUCUCAGGACCAGUUUGAGGUUACUGAGGCUGGAGGCUGGGACGCCACUCUGAAUGGAGAAGAUGAGGACGACUUCUUUGACCUACAGAUUGUCAAACACUACGACGGAGAGGUGAAAGCAGAGGCAUCAUGGGACUCUACGGUCCACGAGUGUCCGCAGCUCAGUCGUGGGGGGGGCGUGGCCGAGCAGCGGGUCUACCUGACCAUCCGGGUGGUGGUCCAGCUCAGCCACCCUGCCGACAUGCAGCUGGUCCUGAGGAAGAGGAUCUGCGUCAACGUGAACCCGGGCCGCCAGGGUUUUGCACACAACUUCCUGAGAAGGAUGUCCACGCGCAGCACCAUACCUGGCUGCGGGGUCACCUUCGAGGUGGUCUCCAACAUCCCCGGGGACGCCCCUGGUUCAGAAGACAGGGAGAUGCUGGCCAACCUCGCUGCCAGCGCACACACCAACCAGUCACCGGAUGAAGAAGCUGCUAUUGAGAAAUACCUCCGCAGUGUCCUCAGCCUGGAGAACAUCCUGACUCUGGACAGACUCAGACAGGAGGUGGCAGUGAAGGAGCAACUGACUAGCAGAGGAAAAGGCAACAGACGGAGCAUCAGUUCUCCUUCUGUCCACAGGCUGUCUGGAAGUAGACAAGACCUGUCCACAUCUUGCCUGGAAGAUAAGGGUCGAUGGGAGAGUCAGCAGGAUAUCUUCAUGCCUUCUCAGUUUCACCGCACCCUCCCACGGCCCGCCUCCUCCCCCUCCACCUACUCCACCUCUCCUUCUUCGUCCCAGUCUCCCUUCGGUAUGUCACCCCCACAGAACCAGGAGCCGGAGCAAGGUCGUUCAGGACUUGCUGCCUCUUAUCUUUCAGUUAAGGCGCUGGUUCCUCAGAUGCCCAAACUGCUCAAGUCUCUGUUUCCAGCGCGGGACGAAAAGAAGGAUCUGAGACCCUCGCCACACAGCCAGCAGCAGCAUGUCCCUCGCAUCGUGACAUCAGGAGGGGACGAAAAUCGACUCAAGGCUGAGACGCCUGCUAUUCUGCGACCCGCAACCAAAGACCGACGGGCAGAGUUCCCAGAAGUCCCUCCUCUUCCUCUGCAUGACCCGCAUGACAUCACCCCCCUCAGCCCCCUCAGCCAGUCGUCGAGCGGCUACUUCUCCAGUAGUGUUUCUACGGUUACCCUGUCUGACGUCCUCCAGCCCUCCUCCUCGUCCUCCUCCCUCCUGGCUGCUGACACUACGUUACCCACAAACCCCCAGACGCAGGGUGCUGACAGGAACGAUGUUGUAACCUCUCCUUCUCAGUGUGGCGCCAAGAUGGCUGUCGUCGCUCCACCCACUUCCCACAGCUCAGCCAAUCACAACAACGUCUCCUCAGAAAACUCUGUCUCCGAACACAAGCUGGUCAACUCAGGAGGAGGAGGAGGGGGGGAAGGCUUUGAGAGGCUGGAGAUCUUUGUGGACGAUGAAGAGCGUAGCAAUAAUGACGUACUGCCUGAUUGGCUGUCAGAGGGAGCGUUUGUUACAGUAGGAAGCAAUAAGGCCGGGACAGUACGCUACGUGGGAGUGACGCAGUUUGCUGAUGGAGUGUGGGUGGGGGUGGAGCUGGACACCCCUGUAGGUAAAAAUGACGGUUCAGUGGGAGGUCAUCGGUACUUCCUGUGUAAACCGGGGUACGGGGUGCUGGUCCGCCCGGACCGCCUGUCCUGCCGCGACCGGACCAGCCGGCGUACGGGAGACUUCCCCGCCCCCCCCCACGUCCCCGUCUUACGAGGAGAAGCCAUUGUUGCGCGGCGGGGGGAGAACCGCAAGUCCUGGAGCAGUUGAGACAGGGAGGGUGGGAUGAACCCCCCACAGCCCUCCUCUUCCUCCUCUUCUCCCAGCUAUGCAACAGGCUCACAGUAACAUACUGCCUACCCUCCUUUAGAUUGAAACUACAUCCAUUCACAGGUAAUGGGUGGAACUAGAAUAAAGACAAUGCAGUAAGUGGACGAAAGACUAUGCAGAGAAUAUAGAAGUCCGUGGAAGGACUAUUUACCUUAUGGGGAGAUAAUUCUCAAUGAACAGCGGUCAAUGGGAAGACUGCUGAGAGUGAAUGGAGGUCAGAGCAGACUUUGUCCUAAUUUGGAGUGUCGGAGCUCUGCGGGGGGGGGAAAUGUGGCGCUGCAGCCUGGAGGAUGUGCUGCAGAAUUUCUCUGAGCUAAUAUACAGGGAUGCAAAUGGGUCACAUUUUAGGAAGGAAUCACCUUUUUUGAUAAAAAAAAAGACAUCUGAGAAUAUUUUUUUAACUUUUUGAGUGCAAAAAAAGACAAUUUUAGAUUAAAAAGCAGUCAUCUUUUCCAGUUGGUUCCAUAAUAAAUUAUUUCUCGUGGUCAUAGCUACUAGAAAAUACUAUUCAGCCUAACAACCAAAUUCUAAAACAGAGAAUAUUUAAUGGCCAUUUUUGGCAUUUUUUAUCCUCCCUACACACUCAAAAUAAUGUGUUUUGGGAUUAGUAAACCAAAAUAGACCAAAUCUGAUUUUAAAUUAUGUUUUAAAUUCAAAUACGUCAAAGUGACAUACAGCUCACACUAAGGCAGUCGGACUGUGUGACAAAGUGUUUGCAUCCCUAGAUAAGAUGUCUCCCCCUAGUCAUCCUGAGACUCCAUGUCCCAGAAUCCCCUGCUCCAGCUGCCACUCCGCUGAACUCUCUACAGACUCAUUGUUUGAGCCUCGUCUCCUCCUCCUCCUCCUGGACUCCCUUUUCUUUUGAAGAUAGAUCCUCCCAGAAUGUGCCUUCACCAUGGCUUGGUUUGCAUUGCUUUUAUUUCUGUGUAUUUAAUUUGAAUUCUUUGUGUUUUAAAGAGAAUGCCUUUUGCUAAGUGUGAGGUGAUCUCAGGGACUGCAGAGGGGAAAGGACAUGGAGGGUGUGUGUGUGUGUGUGUGUGUGUGGUUGUAAAUGUUGUACAGUGUUGCCCUGUGUGCACAAAUAAUUGUUGUAGUCAUAGUUGAACAUUCUACGUGUAAAGCAGGAAAAGGUGUGUCCUUGUUGGACAAAGCCACUAUGGGAGCAAGUUGUUUGUAGUGAGAGGCUUUAAAAGUCGUUUUUGCACUGGAGACGUCGGAGAAGAAGCAUCGGUAUGUCAGCAGAACGUGUGUGGUGCUGUUAGAGAGAGGUAGAAGAGUGUAGACAGAUUCCUCUAGCAACAUGAAAUUAGAGUAUAUCUCCAUGAGGGGCAUAGUGGACGUCUGUUCUUGAAGGAAAAUGUGCUGGUUGUCCUCAGUGUCUGACAUUUAGACGCUAAGGGGCGUUGUAGCACUCUGGUGUUGUUGGGGGGGGGGGGGGGAAUAGGCAUGUGCAUGUGUCGAGGAAAAGAAAGUGAGAAGGACACGCAGAAGCUCAGCUGGGUAUUUACCGCUUGUGAAGAGAAUUGAUUUGCUUCUAUGCAUUUGAUCAGUUUGAAAGAUUCUAGUUUUUAUCUUUUAGGGAUUCUGACACAACUGGGAGCUUCACAGGUUAAAGCAGUUCUGACUGAUUUAACAUUCCUGGCACAUCUGCCGUGGAAAAUGCAAGGUGAUGUGGCAGACAAAUUAGUUUUCACAUUCCAGAGGGACGUUUUACAUUUUACACAGACCUUAUCCUUUGUGUAUUCAUUGUGGAGGAGCAUUAGCAGUACAGCACUGGAUCAGGCUUUAUGAAUACCAUCGAUUCAUGAAGAAUGCAGACAGAAUACUCAUGUUCUACCAAUGCUUCUCCACCAGUCACUAAUGGGACACAUUCAGUUUAGUUUACUCAUCAUAGGGAGUACUACUCGGCGUGCGAACAGUCUUCUGUAGUCCUUAACGCCCGGGCAACAGUCUGUCAUAAUUAACAUUCAUAUAUAUUCAAAUGACCAAUGGCGUUUUUAUUAAUCCAAGACAGGAAAUGGAUAAAAAGCACUCAUUUUACAAAUCUAAUACAUUAAAAGCUGAUUAUUAUUAUUAUGACAUUAUGGUGUGCAACACUGUCCUGCUAACAGGUCAGAAUAAAAGUAUUACAGUAUGAAAGGAUUUUGUUCACGAGGGCUUUUAUUUUGAAACCAACACAGGAAGUGCUAUGGUCAAAAAUUAUUAUUUUCAUGUCUGACAUUUUCUACAGAUAUAGACAUUAACACUGUAGUGCUGGCAAUAUACGGUAACAAUGACAUGUCCCUAAAGCCGAGCAGAGAGAAAAAGGAAGUUCCGGUCCCUGAUGAUGUCAUAGAGGAGAACCCCUUUCACAAAGUGCAGUAAGGUCUGUGUAAAGUGUUUAGUUUGAGUCGUCCUCAGUUGGAUCGAUGCUUUCUCACCAAGUGAGAAAUAGGCAUGUAGGUUGAUGGAAAAACAAUAUAUCACUAUCACUAAUAAGUUCAUAUCCUGAUGAUGACAAACAUGAAUAUGCUAUUAUAUCCUGUUACUAUAGUGACAUUAAGUUAAUCUAUGUAUACUAUAGGAGUCUAUUUAGAUUUCUGAUGCAAUGAUACAUCUGAAUACUUUAUCUGGAAAACCACGUAAAUGGUGUGUCCGGACAUUAUCAUCUUUAUGGAUACAUUAUGUUUUUCCAUUCCUUUUUAUCAUGCGUCUUCUAAUCUCGAGAGGCCUGAAUUUACUAUUUAUAUUUCUUUUACAGAUGCAUUUAUCGCAUGAAAUAGAUAAAGCCUUUUUCUUUUCUUUUUUAAUAUUGCACAAAUGAUUCCAUGAAUAAUUGCUGCUAUUAGCAUUGUAUAUCUUCCUGUAAAUGAAUCCGCUGAUUUAUGGACACUCUGUAUCUCUUACUGUAGAUUGGAAAUCAGUCGUUUGUUUAAAAAAAUAAUAAUUGCAGACCUGGAAAACUAAAGUGGUUCAAUGGCCAAUAUAUAUGUUUUAAUAUGAAGUAGUAAAGUUCCUAAAAACGAGGCACUUUGUCAUGGAAGCCUUGAAGAAGAUGUGGGGGUAAAAGAUGGAAUAUUUUCUGGGUGAGAAAGACAGAAAUAUAAUAUGGAAGUAUGAGACAAAAUACAUCAGUCUAGUUAUAAUGUAUUUAUUAUCUGGCCUUAUAGCAUGGGACCUUCUGAUUGGUCGGUCGGUUACUAUGGGUGGCUGUCUCGUAUGUGAUUGGUUGGCAGGUUGUAAAGGUUGGAAUCCUGUUUGUUUUUAAAUAUUGUGGUUCAAAACAGUUAUGUGGUAAUGAAGGAAGCAGGGAGUAAAGUGUUGUUGUGUACUCUGUGUGUGUGCUUGUGUGUGAAUGUUGGACCCGGCUUUGACUCGGUUGUGUUUGCGAGUUCUUGCCAAGAUGGGAAAUGACCAGCAGCUGCCACUUUACUUACUAAAGAUAACGUUAAAGUUCCUGCCGUCUUUCCCGUCCUGGCCUGGCUCUGUUUUAGGGGUUUGAGAUCACUUCAGGCUUCUGGGCAUCCCUCUGGGCAUCCCUCUGGGAGUCCCUCUGGGUGUCCCUCUGGGUGUCCCUCUGGGUGUCCCUCUGGGUGUCCCUCUGGGUGUCCCUCUGGGCGUCCCUCUGGGUGUCCCUGUGUGUUAUCGUGCCUCAGAAACCACGUGUCCAUGACUUAUUUCAUAUCGUUCAUUUUGCACAAAGUCUCCAGAACGGGAAUCGAAAGAGUUCAUUUCUGGAAUGCUUCUAAACAUAGGAAAAAAUACAACCUGAUUUUAUUUAAUGAUUCUCACGUUACCUUUUUUUUCUUCUUUAAAUUAUACUGAAAAUGUUUAAUUUGUUAUUCAUUUCAUAUUCUCCAUCUGUCAAUCACUGCUCAACUAACUUUCAAGUAAAAUGAUUGGUUUAGGGCUGUACCAAAUGUCUAAAAAUGUCAUUCUUAACGACAGACAUUGAAUUAUAAAUCAACAUUUAUUUUGCACGUCUAUACAUUUGGUUCAAAGCUAGUGUUUCUGUAGAUAAAGAUUGGGAUAAACAAAUAUUAUUAGUGUUAUAUAAACUCAUAUUUCUUGUUUAUUUUUCCAAAAUAUCUCAUUUUCACCAUGAUGGAUGAAAGAUGUGCUCUCUUGCUUUCCAUUCACAAAGGGAGGCACACAGUGACAAGUACUAUUCAUUAAAGGAAGUUGUUUAAAUAAAUAAAAAUACACAUUUUAUCCGACAACUCACUAAAUAAAAAUUGGAAAAAACCUUUUGGCAAGAUUUAUUUAUUUAUUUUUAUAUUUUAUAUUAUAUAUAAUGUUAAAAAAAAACAUUUGGUACAGCCCUAAAUGAAAUUGGGAUCUAUUGUUUUACAUGACACAAAUCAUGCAUCCUUAAUACAUGACUUUAUCAGAUGAGGCUAACAUAGAUACAUGUAGCUGAUGGGCUGCCUGCCAUUUCAAUAAGGAACUGUAAAAAGAGAAAAGUAGCAUUAUAAUAAAUAGUAAUAACUGUUUUUCUCAGAAUGGAUUUAAUGUUGUUUAUCUCCGUGUUCUCCAUCUCGCUGUGGAGAUCAGAGCAAAGCCAGCAGUGUUAUUCCUGUGACUGUAUCAACCAGAAGAACCAUGAUAACUGUUUCAAUUUGUGUGUCCAACAUAUUCAAACUGAUCUGUAUCAAUCUUCAGACGGCUUUUUUUUGUUUUUCUUCUUGUCUUAAGUGCUUUUAUUUGUCUCAAAAUGGUCCCAUAUCUGUGUUGCAUUUGUGGGAUAGCCCUGCCUCAAUGUGGCCUUCAACCUGGAGCCAGGCUGCUGUUUUUAGCAGGAACAAUCCCAUAAUCCCUAACUAAACACAUCACUGCUGUACUAUAAAACUCAAAUGUGUACCGUGAUAUUAUUUAACAGGAUCAUUAAAAAAAAAAGUCCUUUCUUUUUAGAGAAAAAUUGGGAUGCUGUAAGUGAUUUUGGAACAAGAUUUUCACUCCUGUAUUACUGACUGCCUCACAGGUCAUUGUGAUGCCUCCUUGGUGAGAAAAGACCCAGACUUCCACACAGGGAAUUUUAUAAACCACCAUUAAAUUAUAAAAAAUGACCACCACCACCACCACUGCCCUACAGCUUCUUUCUACCAGGGAGUUUACGCCACAUGAUCUGAGGUGGUGUUUUGUAUUUUCCGGGCACUACAAUACAUUUUCCUGCCUCGGUAGUGAGUGGUCACCUUUUUUUUACUACCUCCUCUUCAACAAAUUCUGCCAACAUCUUCUUCCCUGAGGCCUUUUUAGCUGCAUCAAGUUCAAUUUGUGCAUAUUCUAAAAUAUUAGAAUAAACCGAGCAAUAGGCGAUGCAAUGCGGCCUCGUUGCGAGUUUGGUUUUUCU